AUGUGUUGUGUUCGAGUAAAGAAAGUUCUCAUGAGGGAUACGGCCCUGGGCCUGCGGAGGAGGGAUACGGCCCUGGGCCUGUGGAGGAGGGAUACGGCCCUGGGCCUGUGGAGGAGGGAUACGGCCCUGGGCCUGUGGAGGAGGGAUACAGCCCUGGGCCUGUGGAGGAGGGAUACGGCCCUGGGCCUGUGGAGGAGGGAUACGGCCCUGGGCCUGUGGAGGAGGGAUACAGCCCUGGGCCUGUGGAGGAGGGAUACGGCCCUGGGCCUGUGGAGGAGGGAUACGGCCCUGGGCCUGUGGAGGAGGGAUACGGCCCUGGGCCUGUGGAGGAGGGAUACGGCCCUGGGCCUGUGGAGGAGGGAUACGGCCCUGGGCCUGUGGAGGAGGGAUACGGCCCUGGGCCUGCGGAGGAGGGAUACGGCCCUGGGCCUGCGGAGGAGGGAUACGGCCCUGGGCCUGCGGAGGAGGGAUACGGCCCUGGGCCUGCGGAGGAGGGAUACGGCCCUGGGCCUGCGGAGGAGGGAUACGGCCCUGGGCCUGCGGAGGAGGGAUACGGCCCUGGGCCUGCGGAGGAGGGAUACGGCCCUGGGCCUGCGGAGGAGGGAUACGGCCCUGGGCCUGCGGAGGAGGGAUACGGCCCUGGGCCUGCGGAGGAGGGAUACGGCCCUGGGCCUGUGGAGGAGGGAUACCGGCCCUGGGCCUGUGGAGGAGGGAUACGGCCCUGGGCCUGGGCCUGUGGAGGAGGGAUACGGCCCUGGGCCUGUGGAGGAGGGAUACGGCCCUGGGCCUGUGGAGGAGGGAUACGGCCCUGGGCCUGGGCCUGUGGAGGAGGGAUACGGCCCUGGGCCUGUGGAGGAGGGAUACGGCCCUGGGCCUGUGGAGGAGGGAUACGGCCCUGGGCCUGUGGAGGAGGGAUACGGCCCUGGGCCUGUGGAGGAGGGAUACGGCCCUGGGCCUGUGGAGGAGGGAUACGGCCCUGGGCCUGUGGAGGAGGGAUACGGCCCUGGGCCUGUGGAGGAGGGAUACGGCCCUGGGCCUGUGGAGGAGGGAUACGGCCCUGGGCCUGUGGAGGAGGGAUACGGCCCUGGGCCUGCGGAGGAGGGAUACGGCCCUGGGCCUGCGGAGGAGGAUACGGCCCUGGGCCUGUGGAGGAGGGAUACGGCCCUGGGCCUGUGGAGGAGGGAUACGGCCCUGGGCCUGUGGAGGAGGGAUACGGCCCUGGGCCUGUCAGGGUUAAACCAACUUCAUCUGUUCAAACAUAAACAGCUCAAACACAUGUUGUUGGAGGAAACAUCAUCUUUACACCGACCUCAGGGGGACGUGGUUAAACCAUGA